ACUCGUUCACGCAACGAGCUGACGUCCUUCACGAAGAGACAAUCACUGCUCGAAGAAGGAAGGAGAGUCGGUGAACUGAAGAGCCGUCUCCAGAAUGUCGAUGUACUUGUAUGCGCUGACGCUGGUGCCGCCCUCUGCGGUCACGGCUUCCAUCAUCGGCCAGUUUUCUGGCCAGCGAAGUCAGGAAAUCAUCAUCGCUGAAGGCUCGAAUCUGCAUCUCUACAAGCCAGACGCGAACGCGGGAAAACUCGUCCCGCUCGUGUCUUACAACUUGUUUGGCGUGGUUCGGACAAUUGUGCCCUUCCGCGUCGCUGGGGCGUCAAAGGACUACGUUAUAGUCGGAUCGGAUUCAGGGCGCAUAGCUAUCCUCGAGUAUAAACCAGACCAGUCGAGGUUCGUCAAGGUUCACCUGGAAACGUUUGGAAAGACGGGUGUCAGGCGCGUGGUGCCUGGUGAAUACCUCGCUGUGGAUCCAAAAGGUCGCGCGACAAUGAUUGCGUCGGUCGAAAAGAAUAAGCUGGUUUAUAUCCUCAACCGUGACUCCCAAGCAAACAUCACAAUCUCCUCUCCAUUAGAGGCCCACAAGCCGCGGUGUCUUCUCUACGACCUCAUCGGUCUAGAUGUCGGCUACGACAACCCCAUCUUUGCCGCCUUGGAGAUCGACUACUCCGAAUGCGACCUCGAUUCGACCGGGAAAGCCUACACAGAAGUCCAAAAGAUGCUCACUUACUACGAGCUCGAUCUCGGCCUCAACCACGUCGUCAGAAUAUGGUCCGACGUCGUCGAUCGCAACUCGAGCUUCCUGCUUCCGGUCCCUGGUGGUGCGGAUGGGCCCUCGGGUGUGCUGGUCUGCACCGAGGGGUUUUUGGUGUAUCGGCAUAUGAACAAACGCAUUCACAAAGUUCCCAUUCCUCGAAGAAGGACCCCGUUUGAUGAUCCUUCUCGAAAGCGAAUCAUUGUCUGCGGUGUUGUGCACAAGAUGAAGAGCGCUUUCUUUUUCCUGCUGCAAUCCGACGAGGGAGAUUUAUUCAAGGUUACGAUAGACUACAACGUACAGGGUGUGCAGAACAUAAAGAUCAAAUACUUUGACACAGUACCCGUCGCCAAGAGCCUCAACAUUCUCAAAUCCGGCUUUUUGUUUGUCUCCGCGGAAGGUGGCUCGCACAUGUUUUACCAAUUCGAGAAGCUCGGCGACGAUGACGACGAGACCGAGUUUUCGAGCGCAGAUUACACAAAGGGCGAGAUUUCAGACUACCCGACUGCAUUUUUCCAUCCGCGUCCGCUCGAUAACCUAGUGCUCGUCGACAUUAUCGACAGCUUGAGUCCGCUUGUGAACUCAGAAGUUGCAAAUCUGACGGGCGAGGACGCGCCUCAGAUCUAUGCGCUUGCAGGACAAGGUGCGCGCUCGUCGUUCAGAACUAUAAGACAUGGUUUGGAGGUUACUGAGAUUGUCGCUUCCGAGCUGCCGGGAGAGCCAAUUGCGGUGUGGACGACGCGACUGACGGCUACAGACGAGUAUGAUGCCUACAUCGUGCUCUCGUUCACUAACGCUACUCUGAUUCUGUCUAUCGGCGAGACAGUCGAGGAGGUCACUGACUCUGGGUUCCUAUCCUCGACGCCUACGCUGGCAGUUCAGCAACUCGGGGAGGAUUCACUCGUGCAAGUGCAUCCCAAGGGCAUCCGUCACAUAUCCGCAGACAAAGAGGUAAACGAAUGGGAAGCGCCUCUGCACACCGUGAUUGUUGCAGCGGCAACCAACAGCCGGCAAGUCGCGGUCGCUCUGUCGACGACCGAGAUUGUAUACUUUGAGCUCGACGACGAAGGCCAGUUGAAUGAGUACCAAGAUCGUCAGCAGAUGGGUGCAGCCGUGACUUCAAUCUCUCUAGGCGAUGUCCCGGAAGGAAAAGUGCGGAACUCAUUCCUGGCUGUUGGGUGCGAGGACAGUACUGUGCGUAUUAUCUCGCUUGAUCCGGAAAACACGCUAGAGUCGAUGAGUGUGCAGGCCUUGACUGCAGCACCUACAGCAUUGCAGAUCAUGGUCAUGCCAGACUCGACUUUCCCGGAAGCGCAGAGACUGCUGGACAACAGCUCAACAUUAUAUCUCCACAUUGGUCUCCACAACGGAGUCUAUCUCCGAGCAGUUCUCGACUCAAUCACCGGCCAGCUGUCCGACACACAAACACAAUUUCUAGGACCCAAACCAGUCAAACUGUUCAAGGUCGAAAUGCAAGGUCAGCCGACGGUACUUGCAUUGUCUAGCCGGUCAUGGCUGGCGUAUACGCAGGAUGUCAGUUUCAAGGUCACGCCGUUGGUAUACGAGCCCUUGGAGUACGGCAGCGGAUUUUGCAGCGAGCAGUGCGCUGAGGGAGUCGUUGGUAUUGAGGGCAGUAAUCUAAGGAUCUUUACGAUGGAGAAAUUGACGGAUAAUAUCAAGCAAGAUAUUAUUCCUCUCCGAUAUACUCCCCGUCAGAUGACGCAGAAUCCGUACCAGCCACUGUACUAUGUGGCCGAGAGCGACAACAGCACUCUGUCUCCAAGCUCAAAGGAGAAACUACUAGCGACGAGCUCAAAGAAGCAGCAGCAGGAUUUUGAAGAGCUGCCGGCGGAGGACUUUGGCAAUGCGAGGUAUACAGGGAAAUGGGCGUCAUGCAUUGAAGUUGUGGAUCCGAUUGGACAGGAGAUUACGAGUAAGAUUGAGCUAGAAGAUGACGAGGCUGCGUUCUCGAUCGUGGUGUGUUCGUUUAGCGAGUAUCAGAAACGGAGACGCGAGGAAGAAGACGAGGAGGAGGAAGAAGAAGAGAAAGAAGAAGGGAAGGAGUUGGAUGUGUAUGUGGUUGUGGGGACUGCGAAGAACGUGAGUCUGAUUCCAAAGAACUGCAGUGCAGGAUACCUGCGAGUGUACAAAGCGAGCGAAGACGGGCGGUCGCUGGAGUUUAUCCACGCGACUGAGGUUGAGCAGCCGCCGAUUUGCAUGACUGAGUUCCAAGGCCGGCUGCUUGUCGGCAUUGGCGCGACGCUGAGGGCGUACGACAUGGGAAUGAAGCGGUUGCUGCGCAAGGCCGAGUACCGGAACCGGGCGCUGAACGCGAUCGUGACGAUCAACGUUUCGCAUAACCGGGUGAUUAUCGGCGACAGCCAGCAGUCGGUGACAUACCUUGUGUACCGGCACCAAGAGCACAAGUUUUUGCCGUUUGUGGACGACACGAUCGCAAGACACACGACCUGUGCGACGAUGCUCGAUUACGCUACCGUCGUAGGCGGCGACAAGUUUGGCAACCUGUGGGUGGUGCGGUGUCCCGAGAAAGUGUCGUGGGACGCGGACGAGGAUAACGGUGCGCAACUGAUGACUGCGCGGCCGUUCCUGAACGGAGCGCCGGAUCGGUUGGAGUUGGUGGCGCAUUACUUUGUGGGCGAUAUCCCGACGUCGGUGCACAAGACACAGUUGGUGUCUGGAGGGCGCGAGGUUGUGCUGUAUACAGGCAUCCAGGGCACGAUCGGGAUCAUCGCGCCGUUUGCGUCGCGCGAAGACGUCGAGUUUUUCCAGCAGUUGGAAGGCCAGAUGCGGACCGAGAACCCACCACUAGCCGGGCGCGACCACCUGAUCUACCGCGGCGUGUAUGUUCCGGUGAAAGGCACGAUUGACGGCGACCUUUGCGAGCAGUACUUCACUCUGCCGAUUGAGAAGAAGAGAAGUAUUGCGAGCGAGCUGGAGCGGUCUGUGCGGGAGGUGGAGAGGAAGAUCUCGGGGAUGAGAGCGAGGUAUGCUUUUUGAGUGGGUGUAAGAUGUGUAUGAUAUGUGGACUUUAGUUAGCUGGAGUUAUAAUGUGAUUUAUGGACACUAUGUGAAGUUGUAGGUGGUGGUGGUGGUGAUGAUGAGUUCUCUGCUUCCUCUACUCGUCCGAGUUGGCGAAAGCAAGAGAAGAAAGCUCUGUUCCGACUGAAGCAGUGAUCUUGAGCUAUCAAAUUGUUGUGCAGUGUAGAAUACUUUUGCGGGGAUGCAUCGCGUCACAUGACUUUAUCUGUUUACUUUGUUCCUAUCCAGAUCGAUUAUCUGAUCUUAAUAUCGCCAACUCUUCUUCUAUUCCUUUAAAAU